AUGUCGUUGCUUCUAGACGAACUACUGCAGCUGUUGGAACCAAAACUCCGGGACAACUUGACUUCCGACUCCGAGACCCGGAACGAAGUGGCCCGUUAUUUGGAGUCGUUGUUGAUCAAUGACGAUUUGUUAUCUACAGAAACAUUCACCACCAAUUAUACCAAAUCUAAGAAGCGAACAUUAAUUGAAGAAAUUGCAGAAUUGGAUCAUAAGUACCGACAAACAGACAUAAAACUAACGGCUAUUACCAAUGAAAAUAAAACCACAAUCAUAGAAAUCAACCAAGAUUUAAAUGCCAUCAAUAAAGACAUCACCAUCAAUUAUGCAGACAAUGUGAAACGUAUUAAAGAAAUCAUCACGAAAGAAAGUGUUAUCAAAUCCAAAGUAGUGGUCAAUGAAAAGCUUAUCUCCGCCAUAAAGACUACCAGUACGGUUUUAAGCAAUGUUGACUCUGUUUUGGAUUACUUGGAACUUCCAACACUUUGCAAGCUUUGUAUCUCCCAAGGUAAUUAUCAAGAAUCACUAGAAAUUUCCAUGACUGCCCAAGCAUUGACUAUUAAGUACCCAAAUUUCGUUAUCUUCCGUCAUAUUAGAAACCAAGUGGAACAAGAACUAAAACUUAUGGUCAAUGGGUUGAUCAAAUUACUCAACACCAAUUUAAAACAAAGUCAACUAUUAAGAGUGUUCCAGAUCUUAAGGAAAGUAGAUCUUGUGUCAUCCUCCACAAAUGAUAUUAUUGUGGCUAAAGAAAGAUACCUUAAAAUGAUUUACCUUAAUUCUCGUUUCAGAUUCAUAGCCAACGAAUUGGCUACUCUUAAGCCUUUAAUCAAAUUCAACAAGUUCACAUACCUCAAACGAUUCAUUGAAGUCAAUAGAGAAUACCUAUUCAAUAGUCUUUCUCUUUACUAUCUGUUGUUCUCUACUUUUGAUGCUCCUUCCUCCUCCGAGAAUUCCUCCGGUGCAGAUGACGAUGGUCAAUUGCUCCUACAACAACUUAUUCAAACCAUGGCUGAUAUGUUGGUUCAAGAGUUCAAAACUCACUUCCCAAAACAGACGGAAACUAAUAAUAACAAUCAAGAUGAUAUGGGUGAAUUGGAGUACAAUAGUCAAAAAGACGGUUUAAUUCUCCAAUUAAUAUACCUUUGUCGGAGUUUAGCCAAGUUCAAUCUUGAUUUUGAAACCAUAUUGGUCUCUGAAUUUUGUUAUUCCGAGCAUAUUUUAUUUGACGAAGCUGAUUGGAUAAGGAACUUGCAAAAGGUGAAGAAGUUUAGAAAUUAG